AUGAAACCAGAGAGAACCGUCCUCGUCACGGGCUGCUCCGAUGGCAGCCUCGGAUCAGCUCUAGCAUUGGCAUUCCAUGCAGCUGGAUGGCGUGUCUUCGCCUCGGCUCGGAACGUGUCCAAAAUGGCAGUCAUGAAAGAGAAUGGCAUUGAGCAGGUCGAACUAAACGUCCAAUCAAGCGAGUCUAUCUCACGGGCUGUCAAGACUAUUCAAGCUCAGACCGGAGGAUCCCUAGAUGCCCUCGUCAAUAAUGCAGGCUUGGGGUACAGCAUGCCUAUCAUGGACACAGAUAUGGGUGCCCUUCGUCAACUAUUCGAACUCAACGCUUAUUCUAUUGUCACCAUCUCCCGGGCCUUUCUUCCCCUUCUGCUUGCUUCCAAGCAAAAGAAUGCUUUGAUCGCCAAUAAUACUUCUGGAAUGGGCAUGCUUGGCUGUGGCAUGCCGUUUCAGGGGGGAUACUCUGCGUCCAAAGCAGCAGCAGCUAGUCUGACCGAGAGCCUUCGCAUGGAACUCGCCCCCUUUGGUGUUAAAGUCGUCAAUAUCGUCACAGGCCGAGUGAAGUCGACAUUCUUCCAAAACUCAAACGAUGCUGUACUUCCUGACGACUCAAUCUAUACCGUGGCGAGGGAGGCCAUUGAAGGCCCGAUGAAUGGGAGGACUUCAGUAAGCGAUAGGGAGGACGCGGGAGAGUGGGCCAAAAGAGUAGUUCAGGACUUGACUUCUGUCAAUCCGCCACAUCUGGUUUAUAGAGGAGGUCAAGCUGGUACUGGUAAGAUAGCAUCUAUUUUCCCACUGGGCACAUGGGACUGGUUGUUCAAGAAAUGGUCGGGAAUAGAUGUGCUAGAACAGGAGCUUGAGAAGCGAAGGAACCAGGGAAAAUCCUAG